UCGCCACACCGGUCGAUCAAUCGAACAGAUCAGUAUUAUGGCGGCAUCUUUUCUUUGAAGAUGAUUUGUUCGCGUCUUAUUUGAAAGUUACUUGAAUGUCGGUUUCUGUCUGUUGGCACGAACUUUGAUCAGCAUCUUCAGCACUAGACGGAUCGGCGAGCGUGAUCGUAAGGCGGCCAGAAUGCAGACUGACAACGGUCACGAUGCUACUGAAGAAGUUGCCGGAGCCGCUGGGGAUGCUUUACAAAAGUACCUCCAGAUGUGCUCGGAGCUCAAGAACCAGCUCAAGACCAGCCGCUGCCAGCUGGACAUGCUGGAAGAACUGCGGCGGGCGACCGUGGAGAGCCUGACCCGCCAGGCUCAGGCGCUGCCCCUGGACUCGCUGCUGCAGUACACGCAGACGCUGCUCAACCUGCUCCACACCAAGUACAACCUCUCCUUCGAAGGGAACAGCGAAGAGGUGGUCCAGGAGCUGUGGAAGCGGAUAGAGGCGGCGAGGGUGGAGCCCACCAAGAGGCCCGGCGUGGGGGUGGCCAUGUUUGUGCUCAGCGAGAAGCAUCCGGAGAGCGUGCUGCUGGGACGCAGGAAGGACGUCUUGGGCCACGGACUGUACCAGGUGCCUGGAGGACACCUCGAAUUUGGGGAGAGCUGGGAGCAGGCGGCCUACAGGGAGGUGCUGGAGGAGACGGGCCUGCACGUGCACAACGUGUCCCUCUGCUCCAUUGUAGACACCAUAGAGGCCGAGCAGGACUACCACUACAUCACCGUCUUCAUGCGCGGAUACGUCGACGAGACCAGGGGCUCCGAGCCACGCAACAUGGAGCCCCAGAAGUGCGAAGGUUGGCACUGGUGGCGGUGGUCUGCUGUACCCACACCCGACCUCCUGUUCUGGAGCCUGAGGGACUUCAAACUGAAGAAUCUUAACCCUUUCUAACUGACGUACCAAAUAAACAGUUUGCCAUUUGA